AGAAAAAAUAACAACAAAUGCUCCUUGUUUCCAUCCCAACCUGGGGCCACGCGGCAGCGGAGGGACCGCGCGCGCGCAGCGGACGGCAACUCCGUGUCAGCGGUGCUUCAGUCCGCUCGCUCACAGAAACUCCAACUAAUAAGGAAAAAACUGGCAGCCAUGCUGACCAGCUUUAUAGAAGGUCUUCUCUGCUGCCUCACCUCAAAAUCUGCCAACACUGUGGUCCCUGUUGAAACCUCAGAACUCGCAGACGGCUAUGAGUUUGUGGAGGUGAAACCAGGUAGAGUUCUGCGGGUUCGACACAUCAUCCCAGAUCGCCCGAUAGAAGAGGAACCGUCCCACGGCGCAAGCGUGAGCUGCAAGAGAAAGAUCACAGUUUACCGCAACGGACAGCUCUUCAUAGAGAAUUUGGGUGAGAGGGCGAGUGCGGAGCUGAGGUCCUGCCAAAACGGACAGACAGAACCUAACAGCACUGUAGAAGUGGAACUGGCAGAAUCUCGUAACUCCUCUCCACCUGUCAGCCUUCCUGAGUCCCGCUCAGAGUCUGUCACAGCUGGAAACAAUGGGACACCUGAGACAGGUGCAGCAGGUGAGGCACCUGCUGCGCCGCACCCCGGCCAGUCCCAGCAGCCCAGGAUGCGCAGGAGGAAGCCCAAACGCACCGUAGUGAUCGACUGCGAGAGGAAGAUAUCAGCCUGUAAAGGGACGCAUUCAGACGUGGUUCUGUUCUUCAUUCACGGGGUGGGCGGCUCGCUAGAUAUCUGGAGAAGCCAGCUGGACUUCUUUUCUCGCCUGGGCUACGAGGUGAUUGCUCCAGACUUGGCAGGUCAUGGAGCCAGCUCUGCUCCACAGAUAGCUGCUGCCUACACAUUCUACGCCCUGGCUGAGGAUAUGAGGAUCAUCUUCAAAAGAUAUGCAAAGAAGAGGAAUAUUCUCAUCGGACAUUCCUAUGGCGUGUCCUUCUGUACAUUCCUGGCUCACGAGUUUCCAGAUCAAAUUCAAAAGAUGGUGAUGAUCAAUGGUGGUGGUCCCACAGCUCUGGAGCCCAGCCUCUGCUCCAUCUUCAACCUGCCUACCUGUGUGCUUCACUGCCUUUCCCCUCUGCUGGCCUGGAGUUUUCUCAAGGCUGGCUUUGCUCGGCAGGGUGCCAGGGAGAAGCAGUUGCUGAAAGAAAACAAUGCCUUCAAUGUGUCGUCAUUCGUGUUGCGUGCCAUGAUGAGCGGGCAGUACUGGCCUGAGGGGGACGAGGUUUACCACGCUGAGCUCACCGUGCCCACCUUGCUUGUUCAUGGUAUGCACGACAAAUUUGUACCGGUUGAAGAGGACCAGCGCAUGGCAGAGAUCCUCCUGAUGGCUUUCCUGAAGGUGCUGGAGGAUGGCAGUCACAUGGUCAUGAUGGAGUGUCCAGAGACCAUCAACACACUCCUGCACGAGUUCCUCCUCUGGGAACCGGCAACCCCAGCACCGCUAAAGAAGGAGAGCAAAACUCGUCCGGAGACGGCCAAAGCUCAAACUGACAACAACAAAGCAGCGGCUGAGCCCGCCACAGUCCGGCCUGCAACUGCCAGGCAAACCUAAUCUGUGGGACGAGGGGAGAACAUAAGUCAGGAAUAAGCUCAUUCAGACUGGUCAAACUGAAACAGUGUUUGUCAGAGCAAAACCAAGGCUGGUCCAAGCAGUCUCUGAGAAAAUGAGACGGUUUGAGCAUCUGAACCUGAUGAGGAGCCAGAAGAGCUGGUUUGUCUCAGUCUGAAUGUCAGAUUUGUGGCAGGAUGACCGCACUGAGCUUCUAGCUCUGCGGUCUCCAUAACAGCAUGUUAACACCAGAGCUGAAGCAAGAAGAACUCAGUCUUCAGCAAACCGUUUUGGUUACAAACAUGCUGCAGGGAAAUACUUUGUUGUGCCUUUAAUGGUUUCUGCAAACAUGAACACAAGACACAGCAAUUCAGCAGCGAAAGCCACCAGAAACACCGGAUGGGAGUCGGAUGCAAAGAGGAGAAAGUUGUGCAACUUUGCACAUCCUGUAAGAUGGAAAAGCUGAACAGUCAGAGUAUUUUAUACUCCUAAAGAAGUGAUUAAAACCUUCUAGGUUAUAAAGAAA